AUGACUUUGACAUCAAAUGUCCUGGUAAUUGUCUUAGUUGGGGUCACCAAAAGCCUCCACUCCCCCAUGUACUUCUUCCUUUGUCAUUUGUCCUUGUCUGAAAUCCUGUUCACCAGUAACAUUGUGCCCAACAUGUUAUGGCUGAUACUGGUGGGGGGAGGAAAAGUAUCGGUCACCCAGUGUCUGUCUCAGUUCUACAUCUUGUGCAUUCCAACCAUUGCUCAAUGCUUGCUGUUGGCGGCCAUGUCCUUUGAUAGAUAUGUGGCCAUCUGCCGACCAUUACACUAUGCCACCAUCAUGACGUUCACUCAUCAGCUUCAGUUGGCCGCCUCCUGCUGGUUGUUGGGGUUCACCUUGACAUUUUUUGUAUAUAUUUUCUUAAACAAGUUAGAAUUUUGUGACCUCAACACCAUAAACCACUUCUACUGUGAUUUUGUUCCUCUUCUACAAUUGUCCUGCUCCAGAACGAUGGUUGUAGUGCUGGUCAUUGCUGUUGAGACGGUUCCUGUCCUUCUAUCACCCUUCAUUCUUAUCAUAGUCACUUACAUUUUGAUCAUUCGGACCAUCCUCAAGAUUCCCUCAAACACUGGAAGACAUAAAGCCUUCUCCACCUGCAGCUCCCACCUGAUCAUCGUGUGCAUGUACUACGGGACAUUGUCUUCCAUUUAUAUCUUUCAACCAGGAGAGAAUUCCAUAAAUGUGAGAAAAAAACCUUUCUGUCCUAUACACACUGGUGACUCCAUUGAUUAA